AUGGACCGUCCUCCAAGAACGCCUGCGCCUUCUCGCUUCCUUAUUGGCAGGAAACAAUCUCAAGCCAAUGCAUCCUCGCAACGGUUACAAAACCAAGAGACACCAGAUCCAAACCAGGCACCACAAAAUGCAGCAAGCAGAGCACCAAAGUUCCAUGCAACUCCACGUUUUCAUGCCGGAGCUUCAUCGACGCCAAAACCGUCGUACCGGACCUCUGCGGGCUUAUCCUCUACGCCAUCCGCCAUAGCAAGCUCCAUCAGAAGCCGGACCAAUGUCCCAGAGAGACGAAGUCGAUCUACGCUGGAGUUCAUCGAUGACGAUCUGUUGCCUGUAGAUGGAGAAAGCUCACCCUUUGCUCGCUAUCCCGGCUCGGUGACACGGCCAGGGCAGGCGCCAGAGUAUCCAGAGCCGAUCGAGUUUGACUCCUCAUUCGUUUCGCAGUCGCCGAUCAAGGUCAAGGAAGAAGAUGCGGAUGAGUUGGACCGGGAACGGUCAUACAAGCGACGUCGUCUUUCACCGGUUAUUGACCUCGAUGUUGAAGAGGUGGAGGCUAGUAGCCCACCACUUCCCUACGAGGGUGAGUGCGAAGGUCAUGAAGUGGAGGAACUCAUUGAUGAUGCAGAGUCCGCGGUUGAUGAGGGUUCUUCACCGCCAAGGGCACUGGAACAUGACAAGGAUGUAAUCAUCUCCAGCCCGCUUGCUUCCAGUGACAGAGACUUCGAAAAGGUAGACGAGAGUGUUGCCGGCAGUCACUCAAGUGAACCUCUCUCCUCACUACCACCUCGAGGCAUUCGUUCACAUGAGUACCGCAGUGAGUCCGAGGAGGGUCUAGAGGGCGAAGACGAGGAUGAUGAUGCGGACGAGAAUCAGCGGAUGAACCCAGACUUAGGAGGAUUCCACGGGAGCGAUGAGGACCACACUCCCAGAGCAAAUCCACAAAAUGCCUCUGACGUGGAACCAAAUACAGACGCAGAAGAUCACGACCAUGAACACACAAGGCGAAACUCGUGGUCAACAUCCAUGAAGCCCAAGGGCCAAAAUCCCUUCCUCAGGGCACCUCGCUUCAAGCCCAAAUCACCCGGUCCCCCAGACCCUCCGCCAGACGUCUCUGUUCACCAUACCCUUCUUCCUGACAUCUUCUCGCCCCAGCGUCAUCGAGGCGCUCGCUAUGUGCCCGGUGGGCUAGCAUCUGAACUACGAGAAUGGUUACUGGAGGUCAAGGGAGGCUCCAGUACUGAACCGACUCCCGUGGCCGCUACUGCCCACCUUGCCGUCGAGACCGUAAAGAAGUGCGGACCUGGGAUUAGUAUGACACUUGUUACUGGUCGACCAAUGAUUGGUGGACCUAAUGGAACCAAAGUACCCAGGAGUUAUAGGGCUUUGCUAGCUGGUGAUGGGAGAAUGGAGGGGCUUAGUGGAAGUGGUGCUGGUGUUGAGAGCAAGCCGGAAGGAGAGGAGGAAGGUGCGGAUGAGCCGGGCAGGAAGCCGUUGGUACCCGGCGCUAUGGUAGCGAUCGCACCACCUGCUUGGGAUAUUGACUUGGGCGAGGAAGAAGAAGAUGACCAAGGUGAUAAGGGCAAGUGGGCGGUUGCGUAUCGGUGGGAUGUGCUUUGA